AUGAUACUUUAUGUAUCAGCAGUUGUUGCUGGUAGCUGUGGAGGAGGAAGUGGCUCAACUUCUACAAUAGCAUUUGCAACAACAUGUCAAAUGGAGAGUGCAUUAGACAGACCUAUAGCUGGCUCUGUUAAUUUCUGUCCCUCGGCAAUUACUGAUAAAGUAACUGAUGACUUCAUUAUUGCAACAGCAAAACAUGAAAUAAUCCAUGCACUGGCAUUUUCACCGUCACUAUAUCCUUUCUGGAGAGAUCAAAAUGGAAAGCCAAGAACAGACAGAGAUAGUAAUGGCUACCCACCAAGAGGCAGUGGAUAUUAUAACUACAUGUGGAGUGAUAGCACAAUAAAACAAGUGACUUAUAAUGACUGGCAGGUUUAUAAAGGAUCAGUCAGUCACACUGUCAAUCUUGUAGUUACUCCUACUGUUGUAGCUGAAGCUGCAAGAUACUUCGAUUGCUCUAGUCUAGUAGGCGUAGAAUUAGAGAAUCAAGGAGGACAAGGAACACAGUUAUCUCAUUGGGAGAAAAGAAUAUUAGGAAAUGAAGUAAUGACUGGUAUCAUUGAUUCUAAUCCAACACUGUCUAAUAUAACAUUG